AUGCAGGAAGUCCUCGAAGACGCUUGUCGCAUUCGCUUUUUGUUAAACCAAGGGAAACUGAACUUUGUGAACUACACAUUUAUCGCUCUUGAAGUUGCUGUUAUAUUCGUCACGCUUGCAACAAACAGUUUGUUGGUGAUUGCUGUGAGGAAGACAAGCUUACUGAAUACGUUGGUCAAAUGCCUGGUAACGAACAAAUGGAUUGCGCUGAUCAGUUAUCUGCCAACAAGGUGGGAGCUAAUUACAAUUUGAGUCUUUUUUGUGAGGGGUUUCAUGAAUGCGUUCCAACUUUUCGGGUAGGUGACAGUUCGGGUCAUCACAAAAUCUAUUGAUACGGGGCGUAGGGCAGGUGGAUACCCAAAAAAGACUGCCGAAAGUGCCUACGAGGCCUGGCAAAGCCGUUGGAUGGUCGGCUGAUGCUCGGUGAAGGCUCGGCGGAGGCUUGGCGAAGACUUUCAAUAUGUCCACUUUUUCUAAUUUUAGCUGUUACUAACGUUAGUUUUCUUUAUCCUGAAUUAUUGUAACAUACAAGAGACCAAAAUUUGCGGCAAAAAACGAAGAUCCGUAACUUUUAUCUAGACAUUAUUGAUGUGAGUACAUGUAAAGUACCUCAAAAUAGAUGAUAAGCUAUCCUGGGACCCGAUGAAUCUUGUUAUUUCAACUAACUAAGCCUUCUCCUAGCCUCUCCAAUGCUUACAACGAAAGGUUUUCAAAUUUUUCGCAACUUUUCCGCACCGACAACUAAUUUCCUUGACCCUUUUUUGCAGCCUAAUCAUAAUUUUCCCACCCUUUACACAGCUUCUGUAGUAAUUACGCCCUCAAUUCCGAAAAGUCGUAGCGCCUUCAUGCAAAUUCUCUGACCACUCUCUGAAUUUCUUGUAUUCUCUCGCCGCCAAAGACUGCUGAAUAUCCUAAGCUCGACAUGCGACGCGCGGGUUAGAAUUUUUAGAGAGUGAUAAACGGCCUAGUGUCGAGUUGUACGCAAAGUUUAAAGAAACCAUGAGAGUUUCAAUUUGAGAUGCUACUCUUUUAAAAUGACAAGUUGGUGUCGUCAAAAAAACUGUGUUUUUCCUCGAGCUAUUUAUUAUUCAAGAUUUUCAGGCUUUUCACCUUGGCCGGAUACCUUGGAUAUGAGCUACCACGCCUAACAAACAUGCUGAUUAUUGCAUUCCACUUUGUAUGUUACCAAACCCUUUACACUGGAGUUCCAUUCAGUGCCAUUGCAGUGCAAUGUUUUUCGUUCGGGUGGUUUAGAAGUCGACAGAGUACGGUGGUGAUAUGCAUUAUAACAGUCGUAUUGACCUGGACAUCGGCCGCUUUCUUGGCAUUGCAUCCGAAUAUUGGUAAUGCGAGCUUUUUUUUCUUUUUUCUGUUUUUUUACAAAAAUUUAAUUGAUUUCAGACCUUCUUGGGCCCGCAUUUACAUUUUACGGGCCUCUUGUCAGUAUUGUGCUUAGUAUCGGGGUAAGUUUAGGGUCAGGAUUAUGAUCAAAACCUUUGACAGAUUUGCUACCGUGUCAUGAAAAUGCACCACAAGAAUUACAGGGUUGAUGCCGUUGGAAAUGUAGCGAGAAAAACUGAUGUAAGUCUUUAAACCGAAGCACAAUGCCAGAUGAAACUUGGCAUAAAUUCAGAAUAAUAUUAGGUUGGAUAAUAAGUUAUGACCAUAAUUUUUUAAAAUUCCUAAAAUUUUAAUGAUGCUUUUUUCCGAGUUGAAUAGCAUACCGCUGGGUAGGGUGGAGACAGUAGGUUACAGGAACAGGAAACUUUUGCAAUAAAAUGGUCAUAACAUAUUAUCCAACCUAAUAUUUUCUAAAGUAUAUGCGAGAGUCCUGGCUCGCGCUUUGCAGAAACAACCGGGAUUUUUCGAUCGAAAGAUGGCGAAGAUUUGACACUUUUUUCCGAAUUUUCGGCACAAAAAUUUUCAUGCCUAUUUCUACCAAAUACGAUAAUUUUUUCACAAAAAAUCAAUUUUUUCCGCACGAAACUAGCAAAGUUAUGGCCAAAAAAUGUUUUUCUCUCUGACCGCUCUCCGCGUUUAGCCCACUCUCUCGUCGUUUUCAGGUGAGCGUCAACAUCCGCAGUCUCCGACUGCUGACUACCGUAUGCCUGGUGACUACAGCACGUAUGCUGGCUUCCAUCAUCGUUUUGUACAUCGUUUUUCAGACUUUGCUUUUGCAGCGGUGAGUUGCAAGUCUUUUCCGUCUUAUUCGCACUUCCAGAAAAGACCUCGACAAUGCUCUACGAUUGGAGCAUUUCCAUUACAUUGUAUUUGAGGCCAUCGAGGCGCUGUUGGCUCUUUAUUUGAUUGGCACUGAGCCAAGUCUGAAAAAAGCUUUCAUGUGAGUUGCAGACGCUUCCGCAAGGCUUACAAUGAAAAUUUAAGGCAGUUAUUUUACAGACAGCCCACACGAUCGAGUGGACGGAUGCAGAAUGUCUUGGGGGAUCAGAUCUACACGGCGAACAGAUCAGAAGAUCACUUUAUACAGCUGAACGGGCAAUGGCAAACAAAUAAUCUCAAAUCGAAAUGA